GUUCUUGUAUUAGUGUGCUGACAAGCAGAAGUUUGCAAGGAAGCUCUGGAGAUGUUCUACUGUUUGCCACCUUCUCCUCCCUGUGACCCUUUAGCUACCCACGCUUGCCACUCAUUCCUUUGGAGCUGUGAUCUAGGUUGCCAUUUAGAGUUGCCUAUGCUUCAAAAUGAAAGUGAGGAAGAAGAAUCCCCAAAAAUAUUAAUUUAAACAAUAAUUAUUGGUUUGUAAUUACUAAUUUCACUGACUGCUGGAAUAGUGGAAUUACUUGGUAACCUCCAACCUCCAUGAUGCAGUUGUGUUUAUUUCCUGCUGUCACAGAGAGGAACUGUUGGAAGAAUACUGUCUGUUCCUGAUGACUUGUUAUAUCAAUUUUGUGGAUUAUUGAUUGUCUGAUCUACUAACACUGGUGUUUGAGACAGACCAGCGUCGCCUCUGAUAGAGAAGAUAUGUGAUUUAAUAUAAAUGAAGAAUGAUGCAAUAUUCUUUGUAUGUACAGCCUUACAGGAAUCUUAUUUAAGGAGUUGCAGUAAGACAAACACUGAAAAGAACUUUUCCCUGGUACAAUGUGUUGAAGCAGAGGAACUGGAAUUGCCCACCUUUGUACAAGCUAAGAAAAUGUUUGCUGUUUUGUGAGUGGAAGCAGCUCUGGAGUGAAUUGAACUUCUGAAAAUGCGGCCAUGGACUGGUUCCUGGCGUUGGAUUAUGCUCAUCCUCUUUGCUUGGGGAACUUUACUCUUUUAUAUUGGCGGGCACCUGGUACGAGACAGCGAGCACCCAGAUCACUCCAGUCGGGAAUUAUCCAAGAUCCUUGCUAAACUUGAACGGUUAAAGCAGCAGAAUGAGGACUUAAGGCGCAUGGCAGAAUCUCUCAGGAUACCAGAUGGUCCCGUUGAUCAGGGACCAGCUGCAGGAAAGGUACAUGCUUUAGAGGAGCAACUUCUAAAGGCCAAAGAACAGAUAGAAAACUAUAAGAAGCGGACCGGAGAUGUAGAAGGCCUUGGAAAAGACCAUGAAGUACUGAGAAGGAGGAUUGAAAAUGGGGCUAAGGAACUUUGGUUUUUCCUCCAGAGUGAACUGAAGAAGUUGAAAAAUCUAGAAGGAAAUGAACUGCAAACACGCAUUGAUGAAUUUCUGUCUGAUUUGGGUCAUCAGGAAAGGUCGAUAAUGACCGACUUGUACUACCUCAGUCAAACAGAUGGAGCUGGAGACUGGCGGGAAAAAGAGGCCAAAGAUCUAACAGAUUUGGUACAGAGAAGAAUAACUUAUUUACAGAACCCGAAGGAUUGCAGCAAAGCUAAGAAACUUGUGUGUAACAUCAACAAAGGCUGUGGCUACGGCUGCCAGCUUCACCACGUGGUGUAUUGCUUCAUGAUCGCGUACGGCACCCAGCGCACGCUCAUCCUGGAGUCGCAGAACUGGCGCUACGCCACCGGCGGCUGGGAGACCGUGUUCCGGCCCGUCAGCGAGACCUGCACCGACAGAGCGGGCUCCACCACUGGCCACUGGUCAGGUGAGGCUAAUGAUAAGGAUGUUCAGGUGGUGGAACUUCCCAUUGUUGACAGCUUACACCCACGGCCACCCUAUUUGCCCUUGGCUGUCCCUGAAGACUUGGCUGAUAGACUAAUUCGUGUACAUGGGGAUCCUGCAGUGUGGUGGGUCUCACAGUUUGUGAAAUACUUGAUUCGUCCACAGCCUUGGCUAGAAAAAGAAAUAGAGGAAGCCACAAGGAAACUUGGUUUCAAACAUCCAGUGAUCGGUGUUCACGUCCGAAGGACAGACAAAGUAGGGACAGAGGCAGCGUUUCACCCCAUUGAAGAGUACAUGGUACACGUGGAGGAGCGCUUUGAGCUGCUUGCUCGCAGGAUGCACGUUGAUAAAAAAAGAGUCUAUUUGGCUACAGAUGACCCUUCAUUGUUGCAAGAGGCAAAAUCCAAGUAUCCAAAUUAUGAAUUUAUCAGUGAUAACUCCAUAUCCUGGUCAGCAGGACUCCAUAACCGAUACACUGAAAACUCCCUAAGAGGUGUCAUUCUGGAUAUUCACUUUUUGUCUCAGGCAGACUUCCUGGUCUGUACAUUUUCAUCCCAGGUUUGUCGAGUUGCCUAUGAAAUUAUGCAGACAUUGCAUCCAGAUGCUUCGGCGUAUUUCCAUUCUUUGGAUGAUAUCUACUACUUUGGGGGACAGAAUGCUCACAACCAGAUUGCUAUUUAUGCUCAUCAUCCACGAACUGCUGAUGAAAUUCCUAUGGAACCUGGAGAUAUAAUUGGAGUAGCUGGAAACCACUGGGAUGGUUAUUCAAAAGGCAUCAAUAGGAAAUUAGGAAGAACAGGCCUGUACCCAUCCUAUAAAGUUAAGGAGAAAAUUGAGACAGUCAAGUAUCCUACAUACCCAGAGGCUGACAAGUAGAUUAAAAGGAAGACAUUCAGAAGUUAUUAUAAUAAAACUCAGUUUUGAUUGGUUCAAACCAGUCAACAACACACUAACUAUUGGUUUCUAUGGGAUUCGAAUUUGCAUUUUAUCAUGCGGUUAAAAUCAAAGCCUUUGCAAUGAAACUGGAGAAGAAACUGAGAACAAGUGGAUGGGCUGUUGUCUGAACUUACUCUUAAACAUUUUUGUUAUAUGCACUCUCACACAUGCACACACAAUCCCACGUACAACAGGAAAACUGUUGUUUUAUACUUCUUGUCUCUUUUCAGGAGUUGUCCCAGUCAUUAGUCUUACGUGAGCUUUGGGCUCUUUCCUCCACCAUUGACAAUAAUGUUCAGACUUAUAACACUGCCACAUUGUGUAAUUUGAGUGACAUGAACAUAUUUUGUAUGUGCAAAAUUUGAAACAUGGUGCCUAUAUUUGAAAAGUUUGUGACCUUUUUAGAAGAGCCAUGCCUGUUUCACAAUGGGCAAGAGUCCACUUUCAUCUGGUGUUACCAUGACCACUGAACUUGCUUCAAACAACAGAUUCAGAUUUCAGACUAGAUUUCUUUACAAGUAUGGGGUUUUUUUAGCAUUCCAUUGAUUACUUCUCAUAAUUAAUAAAAUAAAGGUUACAUUCAACAAUGAAGUAGUCACUGUCUCUUAGGAGCUUUUGUAAACAAUGCCAUGAACAGAUUCUUUAGUACUGGUAAUUUCUAGACAUUGCCUUAGACUGAAAAAAUUCAACAACACAAAAUCCACAAAAGAAGGAAAAGCUAGCUGGAGUUUCAUUGAAAUUUAAAGCACUUGUGUAGUACAGCAGUUGUGUAGGGCACAGUGCUGCUCAGCUUUGUGGACAGUAGGUUACAGCAGGAUUACUUCAGUGGCUAAAUUGCUUACAUUUACACUCUGACACAAUUUCCUUACCUUUUCUGUUUCUCUUCCGAAAAUAAUUCAGGGUUUAGGUUAUUAUGGAUGGCCACUUAGCAUUUUGGCAUUGAAUGUAAUUACUUCUAAGUAAAAUACUUCAGGUUAUCCCAUUUAUAGAACCUGUCAGUCUGGACUACUUUAAAAAAAUCUAACAGCUUACCCAAAAAUAGUAGGUUACAAUAAAAUAUACAAGGAUGAAUUUUUAUGCAUGUCAUAAGAUUGUUAGUAAUUCUUAGUGUUUUGAAAUCUCUUGCCAGUCAGCUCUCAUUAAGAAAAGAGAUAAUUUACAAAAUAAUUUUACAAAUAAAUUCAUAGAUUUGAUGGUUGUAUAUAUAGAUACAUAUAAUAUGUAAGAUGACAAGAGAUUGUUUCCAAAUUAAAAAAAAUAUUUAAUAGCAUUUUAUAGCUUCCAGUGCAAUCCAGUUUGGAUUACUGGAAGUACAGAAAUGUUUACUGUCCAGAGACUCAGAAAAUGCCACAUGAGUAAAGGUUAAAACAGCAUGGCUAGUUGACCUUAGCACAGCAAAAGUAUAUUUAAUUACGUUUAUGAAUAGACCAAGGACAGUGUUAAAAUAAUGAAUGGAUGCACUUGACCAUGAAUAAAUUUUAGGCUGAAAACUAAAAGGAAAUCUCUGGCAAUGUGCAGUUCAGCAGCAGGCUUCCAAUUGAAAUAGUGGUGAGAUGGAACUGGAUUGGUAUGUGAAGGAAUUACAAAGCAGUACUUUCUGGCAUUACUUGCAGGACUGAGCCUGUAAAUCCCCUCCAGUAACGUGUCCUUCAACUGAAAAAUUAUUUUGUCUCUUGACAAAAAUAACAAAAUCAAAGCUGAAAAUCUCUGGGGGGAAAAAGAUACAUUUACUGUAGUGUUAAAUAGACAUAUCUGUGAAAAUGAGCUUGGAUACCAAUUGAGAUUUAAAGACUGAUUGAAGGGUAAUGGAAAAUUAGUAAGAGCAGCCAGGAAGUGCGAAAGAUGAAUUUUUGUGACAAAAGAUGCCUAGAGUCAUCUGGCGUUUCUGUAUUUUGGAGCUACCAAGGAAGCAAUUUUAUGUUAGUUUCCUGCCUAAGUGAUGCUGGCAAAUUUUCCAGUAAUUCAGGCAAAUGUGGUAUUUCAGAGGUACAAAUGCAGGCUAAAUAAUAAUUAUUUUUUUUUAUACUUUAUUUUGAAUUGUACAUAUAAAGCCACUACUGCUUUCCUUUUCAACUUGAAAAAAAAAUCCAAACCCCUGAACAUUUCUUCCUCAGCAAUUAAGUCAAUGCAUUUUAUUUUUGGGAAAAACUAGUUUAAUUGUUUCUCCACAAAUACUACAUUAGCUAAUUUAUAUAGGUUUAUAGAUUUUGAAAAUGUUCUGUUUUUAAGCUGUUUACUUACAGCUUCAGAGCCCAUCAUUUCUAGCUCAUUUCUUAGAGUGUGAUUCAGAAAUAAUAUUCAGAAAUAAAUUAACACUAAAAUCUUUCUGUAGUCAGGUAGCUGAGUUAAAAAUACAACAGAAGAAGGUAAAUAACAGAAUACCUAAGGUGAGCCCAAAGGUGAAAGCAGAUCUUCUGGUGUGGUAAUGACAAAACAGAACACUGGUGUUGUAGAAGCUGCACCUAUAAAAUGUGGCAAUUCCUCAGCAGACUGUAUCUGACAAAGCAUUGGCAUGGCACACAUGCUUCCUUACAUAUUCUAAGUACCUAAUGAAUAAUUAGGUCAUCAUCUUUGAGAAAAUGAUACAAAAUUAUAGCAUUACUGUUAAUAAUUCAGAAAUGUAUGACUAGAUGCUAUGAUCUUAUUCCCCUGAGUCAUAUGAUCCUCUAGUGCUUGAAGUUGAGUACUUCUCAGAGGAAGAAAUCUAGCAAUACCCUGCUUGCUAGAUGCAUGUUUCUAGAGAUUUGUUUCCUUUAAGACUACCAAUUAGUUAUAUUUUGGAAUCCUGGGACAUUGGUACAUGAAAACUGAUUUUGUUUUAUAUUGAACAAAAUGAAUACUUGAGACUUUGUUCUCGGUGUAGUCAGGUCUAUAUUAAUAGAAGGAUUGAUGAGUACAUGGAAAAGAGACCCCCAGAUUUUUAUUGUAGCUCACAGAAAAGUGAAAUAAUAGGAAAUAAAAAUUUUGUCUUGAAUACCUGGGAUAAAGCUGAAUCUUUUGAAGGCUAUGAACUCAUUAAGUUACUAGCCAGAAUGCCUGUGAGGAAGCAAGCAUACACUGUGUUUCUUCUGUUUAUCUUGUAGCUCUGCAGCAAUUUAGUCUUGUAAUUUUUGCCUCAUACCAAACCACCUUCUCUGCUAUCCAUGAAACAAUAAGCCUUCAGACGCCCUUAAACAAGCACUGUUUAAUUAAAUUUUUUCUCUCUAAGAAACUUUGGUGCGUGUGUUUGCGUUGUAUGCAUGUUGCAUACAUAAAACCCAAUAUGAACAGCACUCUUGCGUUCUUUGUGAUUUUGUGUUACCACCGUCACAUUCUCUGUAAAAACUUACUCGCCAGCUAAAUGUAACCUUUGGAAACUUUGUAUUCUACGUGCUGCUUGGAAGCUAAGAAAUUUAUUCUGAGUGGCUCAGUUAACUGGUCUUCUGUGACAUUGAUGUACCACUGACCUGAGUUCUUGAUUUUCAAGCCAGCCUGUGGUCAAAUGCGUGGGAUUUACAGGCUCUCUCUACCACCAUCCUGCCCAUGUGAGCUGCUGAGUAUUAUGGAUUUGUUAAUGAAAAGUGAUAUUUUAUUUCAAAGUUUUUACAUAUUUUUAAAUGUUUACCUUCAGAUAGGUCUUUUUGUUUAAUUCUUCUAUCACUGAACUUUAAGAAAACUAGGGAAAACAAAGAUUUUUCUCCUUUAUCAAUUUUCUGAAAGGAGAUCUGGUGGUACCUUUUUUUACAGAGAGAUAUUCACAAUGUAAAUGUUUACUUCAUAAUGGGUUUUAUGUUUCUUUGGUUUGCAAUUGUGAAAUAAGGGUCUUCUGAGCUAGGAACAUAAUAGAAAAUAAGUGGAAAAUUUUCAUGACAAAUUCUUGAUAGGGGGAGGGAGAUUUUUCUUCCUGCCAGUGGAAUAGCACCUACCAUUUGGAACCUUUUCAUAACAGUGAAUCGAACUUAGUUUUUCCAGGUCAUUAGUUUCUUCACAAUGUAAUCUCUGACGUGACAGAGGAAUCCAGAUUAAAAUAAUUUGCUUAGUUUGGGAAAUGGGAAGGAGAGAGAGUCUAGUAAAACAUGAUAUUGUGGUUUUAAUAUGAGUUGCUAUAUCACCUUAUAAAGCCACAAAUAAACAUUUCUGUAUUGGGUGAAGGAUCUCAGCUAGUGAAAUCGUGUAUAGAAUUUGCAACCCUCCUUUUGAUUUUGCCUAACACCAGUCCAAGUUGUGUAUAAACAUCGUGGGCAUAUUCUGAUUCUUGUUUGUUAUUAUUGAAACUACAGUUUCAUUCCUAUUUUGGUGGCAUGGGAGCAGGUUGUCAAGGGGCUCAAAAAGUUAGUUUUCUUAUUCUAUGGAAUUAAAAGUGCAUUUAAAGCUAAUUUAAAUUCUACUUUUCUAAGGUGCUCCUAGAAUUGUAAUUGUAGUCUCCAGACUUUUGUCAAGGUUCUCUCUAUCUACCUGCAAGCUUACCUGGAGCAAGACUGAAGCAAAGAAAGUUAUUUAUAAAUAUGAACUGCAUACAGGUUGUGUUUGACUUCAUAGUAUCUUGUUCAUUUCUAAAAAGCAUGAAAUGUGGCCCUGCAUGAUACAAAUAAGAGGAUAGUAUAAAAUUCCCAAGCCUGCAAAAAAGAAUUGCUUGUAUGCUUGCCUGCAUCGCUGGUUGCAUUCACUGUGUACAAGAUUAUUUAGGAAUUGAAGUACAUAAGGCAGAGGUCUUUCAGUGUUCCUGCUGAAUCCCUUCCCCUGAUGUUUGGUGGUGUUUAGUCCGUUCAGUUCUGUGCACAGACAAUGCUGGUGAUAUUUGCUAUUCAGUGGAAUCCCUUUAUUUUUUAUGCUUGUUUCCUUUGACUCAGCUUGUCAGCAGAAUCCUAUUGCCACUGCAAUUCAAACAAGUUUGGAUUACUGCAAAGGCAUGCCAGUUGUUUGCACAAAAAUGUCUUUGCCAUUGCUCAGAAUUAACGUCACACUCAGGCUGGCUCCGUGGGAGGUGCUGUUGAGGGAAGGAGCCAUCUCCCCUGCACUGUACUGUACAUGUUUUAUAACUGCUGGCAGUACAUGUACUGGUUUUACUUUCAGUUUUGCAUGAUUUUUCCACUUUAUUCAGACUCGAGGUUUUGUUUUCAUUUUAGUAUAUGAAGGGUUUUCCGGAGGAUGGUGAGAUGAAGUCCCAAAUAUCCUACAUUUUCUUCAAGAAGUAUAACAGACCUCAUCCCAUUUCCUCUUAAGUGUCUUAAAGACAUACUUCAGUUGCACCAAGAAGCAGCUAGCUUGAUGUUUCCUGAAGACUGUGACAUUUUUUGUUCUUAUAUUAGCCCUACCAUGCAUCUGAUCCUGAUUGAUGGUGGUUGUAUGAACCUUCUUCACGCCUUUCUGCUUCACAUAUUUUGAUUUCCUUACCCAGCGGUCAUUACUUGACCAAGAUUCCAAGGGAAAAGUCUGUAUUUGGGUUUUCAUAAUAACAUGUGAAAUUAUAUUCCUGGCAUGUUUGCAUUUUUGUUUUUAUUUUUUAGAAACACAUUUUUGUGUUGCCCCUCAUUAGUACAGUGAAGGAUUCAAAGAGGAAACACUAUAAUCUGAUGUGCCUGAUAGGUGUUUAGGAGGCUUACAAGGCAUAGAAAUGCCUUUAAUAAUAAGGUUUACAACUCAUACCAUGCUAAGUAUGAAGAUGAAAGAUAUAUUUUCAUAACAUUCCCUAUUCAUUUUUGGCUAGUGCUUGUUAUACACUAAUGCCUGCAGCUUAAUUUGCAAGAAACACAAUGUGGAUGCAGUCUUUUUACAGGACUAUACAGAUAAUUUGCUGCCCUUCAGCCUUGGAAUCCUUUAUAACUUAGUUUUAAUGUUUCUCCCUGGUAAGUUGGCGGGUGGGGCUGGUUUGUAUAAUACACCUGCACCAUUCUUGGUUAAUUAGUCCACUGCAAGCAGAGCCACGAGGAUAUUGCAGCUCAGCUGUGAGAAGCCACUGAAUGUAGAGAUUGCUGUCCAGUUUGGCUGUCUACAGAAGAGCCAUCUCUCCAAGAAGCCAAGAGUAUUUGCUGACACCUUUCCAAGUAGUAGCAAGCUGGAAGAAUGGAAAGAGACCAAAAGCCAGGACAUCCUACUCACUUCCUUGGGAAUGAGAAGGAAUUGGGCCUGUGUUAUGUUGGUGGGAGUAGUUUGCUUCAGUACUUCAGCUUAUUGCUGGAGAAUGACCUGUGAUGAUGAGUUUAUAAUUCUAAAUCUCUGGUCAGUUUGUAACAUCUAUAAAGUUUUGUUUCCACUUGAGAAUAAAAUUGUUAUACACAAUAA